AUGUUCAAGUUGGCCGUGUUCCUCGCCCUGGUCGGUUGCGCCCUGGCGGCGCCCAAACCCGGUCUUCUGCUCGCCGAGCCGGUGGUGCACGCCGCCCCCGUCAUCGCAUCGGCCCCUGUGGCCACCAGCUACCAGAACACCGUCAAGAUCUCCAAGGACAGCGGCGCCAAGACCGUCGUGACUCAUCAUCUGGCUGCACCAGCUGCCGUCGUGCCCGUAGCCACCGUCCAUCAUGCCGCACCUGUGAUCACUCAUCACGCCGUUGCUCCCGCAGUCGCCACCAUCACUCAUCACGGCAAUGUCCACCUCAGCCACGCCGUACCCACCCUCGCCGUCGCCCAUUACUAA